AUGACUUGGCGCUCUCUUCUGUCCGGUGUGUGCGUAACCCUGACGGUGGUCGCCACGCAGGCGGCGCGCACUGCUGUGGUCCUCGAAUCCCCCGAGCUACAAAAGACGCACUCGAAGUUCUUCAAGCUGCUCGAAGAUCGAGGUCAUCAGCUGGACUUUUUCACAGGGGAAGAGCAGGAAAAGGAGCAGCCGCUGGAGCUGGAGCGCUACGGAGAGCGCACGUACGACAACUUGGUGCUCUUUACGCCGCAGAAGGCGCUGGGCACGCUACGCAAGUCGGACCUGCUGCACUUUGUGGAGGAAGGCGGGAACGUGCUCUUGUCUUCCAGCAAGAAGCUCACCAAGGUACAGCGUGACUUUGCGCUGGAGUGCGGCAUCGAGUUUGAGAAGCGGGGCAACGUCGUGCUCGACCACGUGAACCCGAUCCCGGACGACGGUGACAUCUACAACUCGGUGAUCGCUGCUGAAGACUUUGUGGCCUCGGAGCGCGUCGUUGGAUCGCUGGCUUCGAAGCCUAAACCUGUGGCGUUUUCUGGCAUAGGCAUGUCGCUGGAGCCCAACAACGUUCUGGCUUUUCACGCACUCAUAGCGCCUGCCAGCGCGUACUCUGCUAACCCGGUGAAGCCCAUCACGGAUGCAGUCGUGACGAACGAUCUGCUGUUCGGCAAUCAGAUUGGUCUCGUUGCGGCUGUUCAAGGCCGCAAUAACGCACGCCUUGUCUUUGCGGGCUCGCUGGACCUGUUUAGUGACAAGUUCUUUGACAACGAAAUGUUUUCGAACGCCGAGUUCGCCGACGCUGUGACGAAGUGGGCUUUUCAGGAGAGCGGUGUGCUCCGCAUGACCAAUGUGAAGCACCAUCGCGAAGACGGAUCGCUGCCGGCAAAGAUGCUGAGUGAUGCUCACCGUGGGGACCAACCGAUUACGCUGUAUCCGGAUGCUGAAGUCGCGCGGGAUUCGCUCGUGUACCGUGUGAAGGACAAUCUCACGUACUCUUUCGACUUGCACGAGCUAAAGGACGGAAAAUGGGUGCCGUACAGGGCGAAUGACGUGCAGUUGGAGUUCGUGAUGUUGGAUCCUCACGUGCGCACGACGAUGGUCCAUGACAACAAAGGCCAUUUCCACGUGACUUUCCAGGCGCCCGAUGUGUACGGUAUCUUCCUUUUCCGUGUGCUGUACCGCCGCCUGGGACUGUCGACGGUCUACACGACGACACAAGUUUCGCUGCGUCCGUUCAAGCACGACGAAUACGAGCGCUUUAUCCCGGCCGCUUAUCCGUACUACGCCUCGGCCUUUUCGAUGAUGGCUGGUGUGUUUCUCUUCAGCGUGUACUUCCUGUUUCACGAAGGCAAGAAGUAA